CAAACCAUCUAUCAGCUGUAGCUGUUCUUCAUGGAUCCCUUCUGCCUUGAUAUACACAUGGGGUUCCUGAAACCCCAUUGCUCGAUACCACCGCCACCUCAGAGAGGACGAGCAGAAGCAUGCACGUGUUUCAGCGGAAUGUGUGCUCUUCAUCAACGCAGGCUUUCUACAGACUGCUCGGGACAGAUGACGUCCUCUCCUCUCAGCUCUCCCACAUCCCACCGGGGGAUGCACCCAUCACUGCUGAGCCCGACUUCUUUAGGCCACUCAGGGUCUCUGCACUCCCCUAUCAGCACUCUGAGCUCACCCAUGAACGGCCUGGGCUCUCCCUUCUCUGUCAUCAGCUCACCCAUGGGGCCACAUUCCAUGGCAUCACCCGGGAUGGGCUACGGCCCCAGCAUCAGCCCACAGCUGAACUCGCCCAUGAACUCUGUCAGCAGCUCAGAAGAUAUCAAGCCGCCCCUGGGCAUCAACGGUGUGAUGAAGGUGCCAGUCCAGCCCUUGGGCACCCCCCUCUCCCUCUCCAAACACAUCUGUGCCAUCUGCGGCGACCGCUCCUCAGGUAAACACUACGGUGUGUACAGCUGCGAGGGGUGCAAGGGUUUCUUCAAGAGGACUGUGCGUAAGGACCUGACUUACACUUGUCGAGACAGCAAGGACUGUAUUAUCGACAAACGCCAGCGCAACCGCUGCCAGUACUGCCGCUAUCAGAAGUGUUUGGCCAUGGGAAUGAAGAGAGAAGCCGUCCAGGAGGAGCGCCAGCGAGCCAAGGACCGCAACGAGAACGAGGUGGAGUCGACCAGCAGUGUGAACGAAGACAUGCCUGUGGAGAAGAUCUUGGAGGCGGAGCUUGCUGUGGAGCCCAAGACGGAGACUUACAUUGAAACCAAUGUACCAAUGCCCUCGAAUUCACCCAAUGAUCCAGUCACAAACAUCUGUCAGGCCGCAGACUCCCAGCUCUUCACUCUAGUGGAAUGGGCCAAGAGGAUCCCGCAUUUUUCAGAGCUCCCGCUGGAUGACCAGGUCAUUCUUCUACGAGCAGGAUGGAAUGAGCUCCUCAUUGCGUCAUUUUCACACCGUUCAAUAUCAGUGAAAGAUGGGAUACUGUUGGCCACAGGAUUGCAUGUGCACCGGAACAGUGCCCACAGCGCCGGAGUAGGAGCCAUAUUUGACAGGGUGCUGACGGAAUUGGUGUCAAAGAUGAGAGACAUGCAGAUGGAUAAAACAGAGCUAGGGUGCCUUCGAGCCAUCGUCCUCUUCAACCCAGACUCCAAAGGCCUGUCAAACCCAGGUGAGGUGGAGGCGCUGAGAGAGAAGGUCUAUGCCUCUCUGGAAGCCUACUGCAAACAGAAGUACCCUGAACAACCUGGAAGGUUUGCUAAGCUGUUGCUGCGGCUCCCUGCCCUGCGUUCCAUUGGACUGAAAUGUUUGGAGCAUCUGUUCUUCUUCAAGCUCAUAGGAGACACGCCCAUCGAUACCUUCCUCAUGGAGAUGCUAGAGGCGCCCCACCAAAUGACAUAAUGACAUAACGCCCUCCUAUCGCCAGGGGGACACAAGGGUCUGCCACCCCAAAGGCCCCUUAGAAACUGAACACGUGACACCAUUUGCCAGAGUAAAGGAACUUUCAGAACCGCCGCUCAACUCAGCGUUUCCAAUACACAGUCAUGGCGUCCAUGGGUCUGUUUUAUACUUUGUAUAAAGAUAUAAAUAUAUAUAACACAUAAGACAAAAGAUGACAAUGGAAUUCAAGCCCACAGACAACAGUGGGCAUGGGUGUAUCAAACUAUCCUUCAGUGGGUUCAUAUGAAAAAAAAAAAAA